AUGCCUACUCCGACAGAUAACGUAGCACUCAAUGUGCGAGAGCCGGAACAUCUUCCUGACAAAGUUGGUGGACCUACGACUACUGGAAUGGUUGGCCGCACAUUCGAGUAUCAAUACCCCACCGGCCCCCAGUACCGCAUCAGUUUUAGCAAAGAACUGGUUUACUUCACUGUUCCUACCUUGCCGGAUGGAACAUCAGUUCUUGCAGUACCCUACCAACAGCGGGAGGUCCGUCCGGAUUUAUUCUUGGUACAUUGGAUGGGACCCGGAAGAAAGGGACAUGUGGCCCUGGUAUUUGACAUAGAGCAACGGAAAGUUGACUGUGCAGCCUUGAUGCCAGCCGGACUAUACGAGCUAUUCGAUCGUGCUGUUUUCCGAGAGGUUUAUGAAAAUGGGGACUCGGCGUUGUACUUGCCAUAUGAGUAA